UUGAUUGAAUAUCAUUUCACUGGAAACGCUUGCUGAGGAAUGCAUGUCAAGUAAAGCGAGUUUUCAAAUUAGUGUACAAUGUAGUAACUAUAAAGAAGAAUAAAAUGCAAUGGCAUAAGGUACAUUGUUUGUCAUCAGUGCUUACAACAUACAGAAUAUUAUGUAUUUUCAGUAGAAUAAAGUACAAUUGGGUUCAAAACAGGUUAUCUCAGAUAUAUCAUGAAUGUAUUGGGUGUUUGUGCCUCAAAACUUCUGAAGCAUACCCACCAAUAUAAUUGGCCUUAUUUAUGCAAUAUAUUUUCUAAUGGAAAGCAAGGAAAAGUACAUAAACAAAAAGCAUAUUCUAUAAAUCAUUAACAUUUCAUUGGGUAUGUUGGUACCCAACUGUUUGAUCUAAUGCACAUUCAUUUAAAAGAACCAGUGAGAUUCUUGGGGACUUAUAGUAAUAUGCUAGGAUUAUAAUUGUAAAGCUACCCCACCCCUAAAUCUGACAUUAGACCACAAGAACAGAAAAACUGGGAUUAAUUCCUCUCCCUUAUGUUGUUUCAUUCUUUUAGCCCAUUUAGGCCAUUGAUAUAGAAUAAUUAUAAGAUAAUAUAUAUAUGAUUAUUUGAUGUCAUCACAGUGUCCCUUCUUUUCAAUUUGUUCUCCUCUCUUUAUUGGGCUGUUUAGGGUUUUUUUUUACUUUCUGCUAACUUUUUCUGUUCUUAUGAAUUUUGAUUGUACAUUGCAUUAGUUCUUUUCUGUAAAUAUCACACAAAAUUCUUUGUUUGUAGUUUUAGUAAAUUCAAAAGCUGUCAUUUUGUUUAUGCCCAGCAACACUUUGUUUUCAAGCCUUGAUUGGUAAACUUUGUGACUUUUAUGCCUUUAUAUAGGUCUUUUUGCAACUUCUUGUAUGUUCUUGGUUUUUCAUUCUACUUUUUUGAAAAAUUAGAUUUUUACUUCAUCAAAUAUAUCUUAUAAACAGUUGGAUCUAGAUCAUACAACUAAAGAGCUUUAAGAAUUUGCUUUGUCAUCAAAUAUUCAGCCCAUCCUCGCCAGGUUUCAAGGCCAAUCUCCACUGAUGCUUUUUUGUAGCAUUCGUUUGAAAAAUUUGUGACGACAAACGAGGAGAAAGAAAAAUUUCAUGAGAAAAGCGUUUGCCCAUCUAAAAAUUUGCUUGGCCAAUAGUUAAAGUAGUUUCUACUUUUGGUCAAGCAAAAUUAUUCAAAGUAAACAUAGGACAAUAGAAUUGCAUGGUUUUCUUAAUCGGCCUUUGCAAGAUGACAUUUUCACAGCAACCGGAACUUAAUAACAGUGAAACUAACUUCCAGUUAUGUACUUUGUUUGGUAGAUUAAGUAAUAAUUCUUUACCGCAAGCAAAUAUAAUUUUUUAAAUGCCGAAUUAAUUGGUAUUCACCUUUCUGAUCUCUGUCUUUAUGUAAUUUGUGCACCCAUUUUUUUGUGCUUAUUUUUAAAAUCUUGAUUCCCCUUCCAAUGUAAAUAUAACAGUAUUUCUUCUUUUCUCAUAUACAAAAAUCGUAAAAGACAGCUCUGAGACAACAUAUUUGUCCUGAGAGCAGAGGUGAUUUGGCACCGUAUUUGCAGGGUGGCUAGCAAACCAAAAGGGCCCAGUUAAGGGUGUUGCAGACUUUUUUAAACCACACCCAGUAAUGUAAGCAUAUCGUAAAUUACACUCAGCCCAAAUCAAUUAUGGAUGGGUGUUGUACUCUAUUUAAAUCAAGGAUUAUAUAUAUAAUUGAAGUUGUGCAGUCCCCAACAUGAAGGUUUUCAUGUUGUUUCUGCUUCUGCAGCUCUUGUAUGACCCAAUGAUGAAAUGGUGGAAUAUGGAAUGGCGGGCGCAUGAUCGCAAACCAUGAAAUCACUGAUAACGUAUGAUAGAUAACCGAAUGACAAAAUGAUGUUUUACAGCGAAAAUAUAUUUUAGUAAAAUAAGUAAUCAGUACCAUAAUUUAGUACCAUAAAAAAUUGGCGGAAUUAUCAUUUAUUAUCGAGGUCCCACUUACCGAUUGCAACGUCAUUUGGAUACUUAUAUUUUGUAAGAAACCACUUAUAAACUCCAAUACUAACUAAGAACAAAUCAUUUUAGAGACUUUUUGUCGUAGAUCUUUUAGUCUAAGAAAUCUAAUGGUAUAACUUUAUUUAAGAUCUGAUUAUUCUUAGAAACUCUCAGUACAGAUACAAUUAUGUAGCUUUUUUUAUAAGAAAUAGCUGUUUUGCGACAUAUUUUUAAAAAAAUUGUUAUUUGUUAAAUUUUGUUUUGUUGGAAGUCAGUGAGGUUACUUAUUAAUCAUCAAUCUUUUUGUUGUUUUGUUGAAAAGAUUACCACAUAGUUAAGCAGAUAUUAAUGAUAUUAAUGUUUUAGAUUUUUUGGUUUGCAGUUAAGGAAUCCAGUUGUUGCUGCCUUAGUUCGUCACAUUUAAUGGUCUUAAAAUGUGUGAUCAUUCAACCUCUUUAGAAUAAAAAUUUUUUCAGUAAUAAAAUUUUUCUCACAACCAAAAUUAAUUUGGUUUGGCACUGCUGGUGACAGCUAUUGUUGUAUAUAUUCAGCAGGGAUCCUCCCAGACCGUCAAAUUUGCCGAAAAAAAAUCAUUUAUUUGCCAACAGGUUUGAAAAUUUGCCGACCAGCCAUCCCUUGAUGGCAAACACUCUACGCCUUUGAAAUAUGAUUUUUUCAAGGGUAUCCACACCCCUCACGCCCCCUUUCAUGCCGGCUCUGCUGGCCCCCCCCCAAACAAAAAGUUGUAUCUCGGUCCUUGGAUUACGGAAUGGUAUCUGAAAUUUGCCAAAUUGCAUAUUGCGUGAAUGCAAAAUUCGGGAUUUUGCAUUUACCGGAUCCAUGAAACACAAUGCAUACAUUCCAGAUUUCGGUAACUGAUUUUAGUCAUAGAUAUCACCCCAUAGAAACUUUCGAAGGAAUAAACUUUUUGCGUUUCUUGGCGUUUUUGGCCUAAAAUCGCGAGUGUUUGAUACGCGAAACUUCUAGAAAUACUAAAUUUGGGAACCUCUAUUUUUUGUAUCAGGAAUUUUGCUACCGAUCCUCUUGCAAACUUUGAUGAUGAAUGAUUGUUUUGAACAAAUCUUAAUAUUAUUUUCAUUGUUUUUUGGCAUCAUGUGGAUUAAAAGUAAAAGGAAACAACCUCAGUUGAAUAGAAAUGAUUUUCGCGCAAACGCGAAAGUCUGUUUUUGCGAAAGAUCCUGUUUCGCUUCUUUCAUGAAAGUUGACCAAAAAUUUGGCGCUUUUAUCGAUUGGAGACUUAUAUGUGAGAAUUAUAUGUGAGAAUAUGACCUUUGGGGACAUCUGAUCGCGCAUGGAAGGUAAUUAUUAUAUAAAUUCAUUAUUUCUAUAGAUUUAAAUAUUUUUCUUAUAUUUUAGAUUGUAAAUUGAUAAGUAAAGUUUGUAUUUUAUUUGGUGAAGGGUUUCUCGUGUGUGCGAAAAUAAAAAUGAAAAAAGAAAUGAUUAUUAGCUAGGAAUGUAACAAUGGCGACUCCAGACAACUACCUAACGACAACAACUUCUACAAUCUCUACAUAUAGUUUCAAAUUAUUCCCUAGGAAGUAGGACAGACUUCUUGUCUUUGUGCGAAAUUUGAAAUAGAUUUUCUGUAUAGUGGAUGUUGGUAACCGUGGGGCCUGUGGCCUGCGCGAAGACUUCGUCCCUGCGUAGUUGUGAAGCCAGCACGCAUGUUAGGGGCGUUGGCUGUGACUGUAAUAUCUCAGUUUAUGAAAAUUUUCUUCUUCAACUUGUUUAGAAAGGGCCCGUUAUUUAUUUUUUGCUUUGCAUAUCUUUUUGCUAUGCUUUGCAUAUCCGAUCGCCACCUUGCCAUCCGGGCCAAACCGCCCCUGCCUAUAAGUCUCCCGUGCGCUGAAAUUUGAUCGAAAUCGGUGGAGAUUGGAACGAGCAGAAUUAAGUACGAACGCUUUAGCGAACACUAUGAAGCAAGCGUCAGUGGAAAUUCGGCUUCAGUGCGUCCAAACUAUUGCUUUAAGCACAAACAAUAUCAGGUUUAUAUCAGGUUUUAUCACGAGGACAGUCAGCAACAUAGUGGGCUAGCAGCCUCAAAUCUUGUGUUGACUGAUAAGGUUAAUCUGACGUCACGCCGUUGCGUCACAAUGACAUAAAUAUAUAACACGACAUCAUACACUUUCAGUAUCUCUAUUCCAGCAGUCAGUGAAUAAUCAGUGUUGUCUUUGGUUUUGAGCAUGUCUCCAAUUAGUCAGCUUCAAGUUAUAAUCGACAGUAUCACACAAUUAUCAUAUCAGGACCUGGCAAUGCCCUUAUGUUUCGGAAUGGGUCAUAACUCGGGGGAGCACUCUUUGGCAUACUUCACGGUGUCAUUCGUCAUCUCCAUUCUCCUUGCAAAAGUUGUUUUGGCAUUGACGGGUGGAAUUGUCUGGUAUAUUACAAAGCGAGUUAGAAGACACUCAAUGAAACAAGUGGCUUUCGGUGCCGUAGUGGAUUUGCAAAAUCUUAGUAACCCAAACGAAGAGGAUGGACGGGUUAGCAAACCAAAGGACAGGAGUGUACCUGCCGAGUAUCAAGGAAGAAUUCGCCCAGUAACAGAAAGGACUCCUGUGACACCAUCUUUGCCCAGGCUUGGUUCCAACAGGAACGUUGAAAAGCCAUCCUUUAUCAAAGGAGACAUAAACAUAGACCCUGAAAAGUGUCAAGGUUUCUUUUCACGAGGAAGCAUUACAUUUGAACCAGCAACAGUUGCUGGAGAGCCGAGCAGAGUGAGCAUAGAGUAUGAUGAAGAAAUGAGCAAGUACCUGCAUAAAAUAAUGAGGAAGAAAUCCAGGUUAAACGAAAGAUUCAUCUAUUUGCGUAACCCACUAAUAAUCACAGAUGAGAAUGUAAGGUGGUUCGGGGUUGGUGUCUGCCUAUCUCUUUGCGUUGUUUCAAUAGCCCUUUCUCGAAGGAAUCAAUGAAAAUUCAUCACACAUUACAUCACAUAACUCUUUUUUGUAUAGUAGUUACAAAUCCAGGCAUUUUUGCUUCAAUUUUACAGAUACCUUGUAGAUAUUCAAAGUUU